UGCCGCAUCCUCCUGCCUGUCGCCAUGGCCGCCUACAAGCUAGUGCUGAUCCGGCACGGCGAGAGCGCCUGGAACCUAGAGAACCGCUUCAGCGGCUGGUACGACGCCGACCUGAGCCCGGCGGGCCACGAGGAGGCGAAGCGUGGCGGACAGGCGUUGCGAGAUGCUGGCUAUGAAUUUGACAUCUGCUUCACUUCCGUGCAGAAGAGAGCAAUCCGGACCCUCUGGACAGUCUUGGAUGCCAUUGACCAGAUGUGGCUGCCAGUGGUCAGGACCUGGCGCCUCAAUGAGCGACGCUAUGGGGGUCUGACUGGUCUCAAUAAAGCAGAAACUGCUGCUAAGCAUGGUGAGGCGCAGGUAAAGAUCUGGAGGCGAUCUUACGAUGUCCCACCGCCUCCAAUGGAGCCUGAUCAUCCCUUCUACAGCAACAUCAGUAAGGAUCGCAGGUACGCAGACCUUACUGAGGACCAGCUACCCUCCUGUGAGAGCCUCAAGGACACUAUUGCCAGAGCUCUGCCCUUCUGGAAUGAAGAAAUUGUCCCUCAGAUCAAGGAGGGGAAAAGAGUCCUGAUUGCGGCCCAUGGCAACAGCCUUCGGGGCAUUGUCAAGCAUCUGGAGGGGCUCUCAGAAGAGGCCAUCAUGGAGCUGAACCUGCCAACAGGCAUUCCCAUUGUCUAUGAGUUGGACAAGAACUUGAAGCCUGUCAAACCCAUGCAGUUCCUGGGAGAUGAAGAGACCGUGCGGAAAGCCAUGGAAGCUGUGGCUGCUCAGGGCAAGGUCAAGAAGUGAAGGCGAGCAGGCAGACUCCUACCCUAACACCCUCCUCCCUGCCUGUUUACGCCUCCUGCACCCUCCCCCAACACCUGCCACACUGACUACAUCUUUAGAAUCUUAAGUUUAAGUUGUAGUUGCAGAUGGGGACCCAUGGCUCCCAUUUUCAUUUAGUAUUUUAUCCCCUGCACCCACUCCCUUCAUAGAAUCUAGUCAGAAAAACACCUCUGGGGUGCAGGUUCUUGGUCCACAUCCAGGGACGGCGCCUCUUACCAGGAGAGGUGAGAGGUAGUGAUUACUUUUCUUAGUCCUGUGUUUACUAAGGGUCAGCUUUAGGAAGAACCAUGCAGUGGUGUAACCAGUGAGAAGCUGCAGCCAAGUUUUGUCCCAGUUAGGUAACUGGGGGCUGUAGCCAUUCCAGUAGAAGGUGAAGGUAACUCACAUGGAGAUUUAAACAUACUACCUUCCUAUCUGAUCCUAAAGGAGCUGCUGGCCCUGGAAGGUUGGGAUCAAUCCUGUCAAGUCUGUGUUGUUACAUUUACUUUUA